AUGGUCACAACGGCAGCCUCCUUUGUUGCCUUGGCACUUUGCCAGCUUAUUCGUAUCAGCUGUGCUACAGCUGUAUCCAAUGGAUCGGUUUAUCUCGACUCAGCACGCUCUCCUACAGAGCGAGCUGAUGACCUCUUGCGUCUUAUGUCAUGGGAGGAAAAGAUCGGUCAACUCGGAGGGAUAAGACGACUUGCUGAGACAGUGAACGGCAAGGUCUCAUACAACGAAACAUUGUUCGAAGAGAUCAGGAAGACUCAGAAUGGACAGAUCGGCUUCGGAGCGCCUCAGAAUUUUGCACAAGAUCUGUUACCGAUUGCCAACAAGGUCAGAGCCGAUCAGAUCAACAACACGAGAUUGGGCAUUCCAUACAUCACAAUCGCAGACUCUGUCAGUGGUCUUAUGAUUUCAGGGGGGACUCUGUUUCCUGGCGCCCUUUCCAUGGGCUCGACCUGGAACAUCCCUCUUUACGAGCAAGCUGUAGCCGCUAUUCGGGAUGAAAACGUGGCAAUGGGCACUCGUUGGGUAUUAUCGCCCGAGGUUGACCUUGCUAAAGAUCCCAGGAAUGGCAGAAACGGCGAGAUGUUCGGAGAGGAUAGCUACCUCGUCGGCGAGUUUGCCACGCACUACAUCAACACGAUGCAGGAGAAAGAUGAGAACGGCUUCAUCAAAGUUGCAACGACAAUCAAGCACUGGGUUUACGGCUCCAGUAGCGGAGGUGUUAACACUGCAAGCAUUCAGAGUGGCCUGAACUAUAUCCUCAAUGACUUUGGAGCUCCCUAUAUCAAGGCCUUCAGAGAGGCAAACCCCUUGUCGCUGAUGAUAUCAUAUGCCAGCGUCGAUCAGAUCCCCAUGUCCAUGAACAAGUACCUGAACAGAAAAGUUCUUCGAGAGAUGCUCGGCUUCAAAGGUCUCAUCAUGUCUGACGCCGGUUCGAUUCGCAACAUGUACACUCAGUCAAAGGUUGCCAAAUCGUUUGCGGACGCCGGGCUAAAGGCUUUGCGGGGCGGGCUGGAGCACGAACUUUCACCGAGGCCGCCUUCUGUAUUCCCUACACUCACUGACUAUUCUAACAAUACCGAGGUUGUGGACCUUGUCGACAGCUCUGUCCGAGCGAUUCUCGAGAUCAAAUUCGCCACCGGGACCUUUGACCUGUCUCUUCCCUCGGUCGAGGAUUUGAACGCGACUCUUCGCAGCGAGGAGCAUCUUGGGAUCAACCGCAACAUCUCGCGCGAAGCAAUUGUGUUGCUUCAAAAUGAUGGCACGCUGCCGUUGCAGCGCAGCAAAGUGUCACACAUUGCUCUGCUGGGACCCUAUGCAGACAUUCUCAACACCGGCCAAUAUGCCGCCAACAACGCCUCAGAUUCGUCCUAUGGCGACACCUUCCGUCGUAGUCUAGAGCGAGAGAUUGGGGCGGAAAACGUCAAGUUUGUGGCGGGAGUCGAUAUUCUGCGCACGAAUGAUAGCUCAGGCAUCGAAGGGGCUGUCAACGCAGCCAAACAAGCGGGCCUUGCUAUAGUGGUCCUCGGUUCCGGCUGGGGAUCCUUUGACAACUCCUACGAGUCUCUCCACCGAACCGAUGGUGAGGGCUUCAGUCAUCCUCACUUGGGCUUUCCUGGGUUGCAACAGCAGCUUCUCGAUACGGUAAUUGAUGCCGGCGUGCCGACCGUAUUGGUGCUCAGCGGAGGGCAGACCUUCCUGCUAAACGAGUCAGCCAAGAAGGCCAAAGCAGUCAUUCACACUUGGCUUGCCGGAGAAUUCACCGCUGACGCCUUGGUCGAAAUCCUCUUUGGAAGUGUCAACCCGAGUGGCAAGCUUCCAAUCACGUUUCCGGAAGCCGAUGGCGCGUUUCCUGUGGCCUACGACUACUUUCCGUCGGAUGAUCAGGGUGGAUUCGGGGCGGCAACUCAGUAUGAUUGGCACUUGCCAGAGCUGACACGCUAUGCUCCUCUGAGGUUUGGCUUCGGUUUGAGCUACACGACUUUUAACAUGUCUUCCAUCUCUAUCCAAUGCCGUUCAGCCGGUGACAACGGCACUGUCAGUCAAUGUGACAAGAACAGCCAGGUCACAGUCUCUGCUACAGUCACGAACACGGGACCAAGAGAUGGCCAAGAGGUGGUGCAGCUCUAUUAUCGUCCAGAGUACAGCCAGAUUGAAUUCCCGGUUAUGAAGCUCAUUCGCUUUGAAAAAGUUGAAGUCGCAGCAGGCAGUUUCAGAAAGAUAAGCUUGAAUGUGCCUUACGCGGAGUUGGGUUACUUCGUCGACGGGGAGUGGCAAGUCGAAACAGGGCUGUACAACUUCUGGAUUGGGAGCAGUUCGAGGACCGAAGAUCUGCAGAGUUUGAAUGCAACUUUGGUUUAG